AUGUCCCAGGUCAAGCAGGUGGGUCUGCUAGCUGCAGGCUGCCAGCCCUGGAACAAAGAUGUGUGUGCUGCCAGUGGAGACCGCUUUGCCUACUGUGCCACCCUGGCCAUCUACAUAUACCAGUUGGACCACAGGUAUAACGAGUUCAAGCUGCGCUCCAUCAUGUCGGAGCAUAAGAAGACCAUCACUGCCAUCUCCUGGUGUCCUCACAACGCCGAGGUGUUUGCCAGCGCCAGUGCCGACAACCUCCUCAUCGUGUGGAACGUGGCAGAGCAGAAGGUCGUGGCGCGGCUGGACAACACCAAAGGCAUCCCAGCGUCCGUCAGCUGGUGCUGGAACGCCGGGGAAGGCGUGGCAUUCGUGUCCCACCGCGGGCCGCUCUACAUCUGGGUGACCAGCGGGCCGGACGCCGGCGUCACCGUCCACAAGGAGGCGCACAGCUUCCUGUCUGACAUUUGUCUGUUCCGCUGGCAUCCUGUCAAGAAGGGCAAGGUGGUGUUCGGACACACAGACGGCAGUCUGUCCAUCUUUCAACCAGGAACUAAGAACCAAAAGCACGUAUUGCGUCCGGAGUCUCUGGAGGGGACGGACGAGGAGGACCCAGUGACGGCGUUGGAGUGGGACCCACUCUCCACAGACUACCUCCUGGUGGCCAAUUUGCACAACGGCAUCCGAUUGGUGGACUCCGAGUCGCUGACCUGUAUCACCUCCUUCACCUUCCCAAGCGCAGCUGCCUCCGUGCAGUGUCUGGCCUGGGUACCCAGCGCCCCGGGAAUGUUCAUCACUGGAGACUCCCAGGUGGGGGUUCUGAGGAUAUGGAAUGUGUCCCGGUCGACUUCUCUGGACAACUUCAAGCUGAAGAAGACCGGCUUCCACGCGCUGCAUGUCCUGAACUCCCCUCCUGCUAAGAAAAGUAAGAACUCACUGGGCUCCCCCACAAAAAGCCUGCACAUGUCAUCCACCAGCGAGGCGGUGCCGCCCCCCACCCUGUCCCAGAACCAGGCCUUCUCCCUGCCGCCCGGGCACGCAGUCUGCUGCUUCAUGGACGGGGGGGUGGGACUCUACAACAUGGGGGCCAAGAAGUGGGAUUUCCUCAGAGACCUGGGUCAUGUUGAGACCAUAUUCGACUGUAAGUUCAAGCCGGACGACCCUAACCUACUGGCCACAGCUUCGUUUGACGGAACCAUCAAGGUUUGGGACAUCAACACAUUGACUGCUGUCUACACAUCGCCUGGCAACGAGGGCGUGGUUUAUUCACUGUCCUGGGCCCCUGGAGACCUGAACUGUAUAGCGGGAGCUACCUCUCGCAACGGAGCGUUCAUCUGGGACGUGAAGAAAGGCAAGAUGAUCACACGCUUCAAUGAGCAUGGGAAGAAUGGAAUCUUCUGUAUCGCAUGGAGUCACAAGGACUCAAAGAGGAUCGCCACAUGUAGUGGAGAUGGAUUCUGCAUAAUUCGGACCAUCGAUGGAAAGAUCCUUCACAAGUACAAACACCCUUCUGCUGUGUUUGGCUGUGACUGGAGCCAGAACAACAAGGAUAUGAUAGCGACAGGCUGUGAGGAUAAGAAUGUGCGUGUGUACUACCUGGCCACCAGCUCUGACCAGCCUCUCAAGGUCUUUAGCGGCCACCUGGCCAAGGUCUUCCACGUCCGCUGGUCUCCCCUGCGAGAGGGCAUCCUGUGCUCCGGCUCUGACGACGGGACGGUGCGUAUCUGGGACUACACGCAGGACGCGUGCAUCAACGUGCUGAGCGGCCACACGGCGCCGGUGCGCGGCCUGAUGUGGAACACGGAGGUGCCCUACCUGCUGACCUCCGGGUCAUGGGACUACACCAUUAGAGUGUGGGACACCCGGGACGGGACCUGCCUGGACACCGUCUACGACCACGGGGCAGACGUGUACGGCCUGACAUGCCAUCCCAGCAGGCCCUUCACCAUGGCAUCCUGCUCCAGAGACUCCACAGUCCGGCUGUGGUCGCUGACGCCCCUGAUAGCCCCGCUGCUGGUCAACAUCCUCACUGACCGGCCCUGGGACGACAUUAUCGGCAAUACUGACAGAGCCAUGGUACCAGGAGCGCCCCCCCUGCUGUGUGGGAAGGUGUGCAGAGACAUCAAGCAGGACCUGGACAAGCUGACCAGCGAGGUGGGGUCCAGGAAGCUUCGCUGCUUCUCCGAGUGCUUCUCACCUCCAGGGGGCAGUCACAACCUGUGGGACCUGGUGGCCGUGAUCAUGGGGCAGGACGACAGCCUACUGCCUCAGAGCUAUGGCAAGAGUAUCAUGCACAUGAAACACCUGGUCCGCUUCAAGACAUCCGAGGCUCAGGAGCUGACCAUAGUGAAGAUGUCUAAGUUUGGAGGAGGCAUUGGAGCCCCCAGCAAGGAGGAGCGUCUGAGGAGCGCAGCAGACAUCCACCUGAGCCUGGGCCAGACCCAGAGAUACUGUGAGCUCAUGGUGGAGCUGGGAGAGUGGGACAAGGCCUUAUCUGUGGCUCCAGGAGUAUCUAUGAAAUACUGGAAGAAGCUCAUGCAAAGGAGAGCUGACCAGUUGAUGGAAGAGGCGAACCAUGAUGUCAUUCCGUACUGCAUCGCCACGGGUGACGUUAGGAAGCUAGUGACCUUCUUCACCUCCAGAGGUCAGCUGAAGGAGGCGCUGCUGGUCACCCAGGGAGCGUGUGAAGGCAACAUCCACGUGCCACACACUUCCUCUAUUAAUCACACCGUUACCCCGGAGACAGAUGACCUGGAAGCCUACCAUGGGCUGCUACACAAGGUGUGUAAGGAGCUGGCGGAGUGGUAUUUCCAAGAUGGCCAGGCCGUUCUGGCAGCCUGCUGCCACCUGGCUGUGGACAACAUGGAGCUAGCCAUGGCAAAUCUGAUCAGAGGGAAUGAGUUGGAACUGGCUGUGUGUGUUGGGGCGGUCCUCGGAGAACCAGCCAAUCAGGCCACGCACUACGUCCUCGAGCUAUUGGCCAGAAAAUACAUGACCAUGCCCACAUGGGAUCUCGCCGCUGACCUACUCCACAUGAUCCCAGAUAACCAGCUCCUAUUGGCCAAGCUGUGUGCCUUCUACCCUGGCAGCACAGCCGACAUCAACCAGCUUCACAAGAGAUGUGGCCUGCCCCCUGUGGAGGAGAGUGAGAGCCUGGCAGAAGCAGCUCUCUCUGAGGGAGACGUCUUCAACGCUGUCAGGCUCCACCUGCUCAGUGCCACGCCAGAGAACGCACUGUCCAUAGGCAUAGCACACGUCAAGGAGCAGCUGAGUGGUUCUGAUUGGACGGUAGAGUCUGUCCAUCCAAUCCUGGAUCUGCUGAGCUACAUUAGGACAGACCGCCUCAUUCUGGCUAAGUGUACUGAACAGCGUAGUGAGCUACUGAUUCUGUGUGGUUAUGUUGGGGCAUUGCUGGCCAUCAGGAGACAGUACUGCAGCAUCGUACCAGCUCUGUAUGAAUAUACCAGCCAGCUGAUGAAGAGGAGGGAGGUGUGUGUUCCUCUGCAGAUCAAGCAGCUGUCAGUCGAGCUGGAGGCCUGGACAGCCUGCACACACACCCUCAACACACCUCCAGAUGAGGCCCCCAGCACCCCCCCGUCGGAGGCCCAGAGGGUGGAGUUCUCUCAGCUGCAGAGCCGUAUCCAGGGGGCGGGGCUCCUGUGGCUGGAGGGGCCGGACUACGUGACGGGCUCCAACCUCCCCAGCCACUCUGACGUCCAGGUCUCCUGCUUCACUGGCAACAGGAUACAGGGUCCAGUGUUUUUCCUGGAGGACGGGAAGUCAUCCAUCUCACUGAACGAUGCUCUGAUGUGGGCCAAGGUGAACCCCUUCUCUCCACUCGGAACAGGAGUACGCAUCAACCCCUUCUAGACCCCGCCCACCCUC